UCCUCCCCUCCCGAUCUCCACCUAAGGAGAGAGGUGGAGAGACAGCAGUCACAGCUGUCGCAUCUCACAUUUUCCACAGUCCUUUCCUGCUUGUGACCUGCCGUACCUUAUUGUAUCUCUGCCUGGCACAAAUUAUUGUUGAGGACGGGCAUACCAACAGCCAAGAUGGUGUGUGGUGGCUUCACCUGCUCCAAAAACUCCCUGUGCGUCUUGAACCUGCUGUAUAUUAUGGUCAGCCUGUUGCUGAUUGGUAUUGCAGCGUGGGGCAUUGGAUUUGGUCUCAUAUCCAGUCUAAAAGUUGUCGGAGUAGCAGUCGCCGUUGGGAUACUGCUGUUCCUGAUUGCACUGGUUGGAUUAAUUGGAGCAAUUAAACACCAUCAGGUGUUAUUGUUCUUUUACAUGAUCAUCUUAUUUGUAAUCUUUGUUGUUCAGUUUUCUGUGUCAUGUGCUUCUCUGGCACUGAACAAAGAACAACAGAAUCAACUUUUGGAAGUAGGGUGGAACCACACAGAAACUGCCCAAGAAGACAUAGAGAAAAAUCUGAACUGCUGCGGAUUUCAAACUUUUAAUAAAAAUAUCUCCUGUACUGCUGAUUGUUUUAGAACUCUGUCAUGCCUUCCAUGUGCAUCUAUAAUUGAAAAGCAUGCAGAAGAAGUGCUAAGAAUUGUGGGUGGAAUUGGUUUCUUCUUCAGUUUUACUGAGAUUCUUGGAGUUUGGCUGACCUACAGAUAUCGAAACCAGAAGGAUCCACGAGCAAAUCCCAGUGCAUUUCUUUGAUUAAACACAAUUUCUAAGACUGCUUGAUCUUUCAAUUUUCUUAUUUAAUACAUAAUCUUUUACAGCAAUCUAGAUUGCUGUGUUUUUGAUCUCUUUUGAAGAAUGUCUUCAGCUGUGAAUUUUUUUUUAUAAAGGGACGUAGAAUAUGUUGCUGUUUAAUUAUUAUUUUUUUCUUCAUAUGUUUGGUCAAAAAAGUACCUGGACAAUUACUUAUAUCCAUAGACAUUUUUUUCAUGUACUGUAGACCAGCACUGCAGACUCUUUAGGUACAGUUAAACUAAAAUUAUUGUUUUCAUUUCCUCAACAUUUAUAUAGAGAACUUCUGUAAAUGACUUGUGUUCACAUUUGCUUUUCCACAUCAACCUUGCUUUCCAGGAAUUUUUAAUUCUAUGAAUCUUUGUGGCCUCCAAUUAAGUAUUUCUCAGCAAGUAUUGUUUUUGGUAUGCUGUUCUGCACUUUUUUUGUGAGAUUCUACAACAAUGCCUCUAGUCUUAGCAUGAAAAUAUCUUUAGUUCUUUCAUUUUUCCUAUAAUAGGUGAAAAUCAUGUUUUUCUUCAUACAGUAUUUCAGUGUUUGGUUGUUUGUAGUGUACUUUAAUUUCAAAGUACUUGUCUAAAACAUUUACAACAUACUGUAUAAUGUGAAUUUAUUACAAGAUAAUUGAUAAUAUAAAAGUGUGUGACUUAAAUCCUUGCUCAACAUUGGUUCAUUACAGUUUGAUCUUCUAGUUGUUUUAUUUCUAUAGUUUUUCAGUCUUGAAUUUUGGGUAUGACUUGGUCAAGAGCAAAGUAUUUAUGAAUUAAGUUAUGAAGUCUGCACCAAAUUGUGGAUAUAAAAUUAAAUUACUUCAGAGCUACCUGACCCCUAAAUAGGAUAUAAUGCCUUUUAGUUAGUUUUGUAUAUUCAACCAUGAUAAUUCAGUUACCUGUAAGCCAUUUUCAUAGGAAACCUAGGAUACGUUACUUAAUACAGAAAAGUUAAGAUAAUUGAUUUUUCAUAUAGACUACUGUUGAUACUACAAUAGAAUCUGGCAAAUUCACAAGGUGGUGAAAGUAGGAAUUUAAUAGAUGACUAAUUUAUUGACCAUCCCUUUAAGGUUUUUAUUUUAUAUUUUUUAUGGGUCAUCUAAUAUUUAUUCUGUACUUUGGUAUGAUAAUGUGUAAGAUUAAAGAAUUGCAUAAUUGCAUUAAAAUAAAAUCUUUCCAGUUUGAGUAAUAA